UCUUUAUCUUGCUCUGUGUUUCAUCUUUGACGCGGACCGGCAUUUUCCCACAACACCCUGCUGCUGGUGCUACUGCUCUCACAGAUGACGAAAAUGGCGGACAACACAUCGUCGGUCGAGAUUGUUGAGGGCUGUCGGCUCCCUGUUCUUCGUAAAAACCAAGAACAUGAGGACGAAUGGCCAUUGGCUGAAAUUCUGAGUGUGAAAGAAGUCUCCGGGAGAAAGCUCUACUAUGUUCACUACAUUGACUUCAACAAGCGUCUGGAUGAGUGGGUCACAGCGGACAGGCUGGACAUGAAGAAGCUUCAGUUCCCUAAGAAAGAAGCUAAAACUCCAACCAAGAAUGGUCUUCCAGGUUCCCGCCCCAGUUCUCCAGAGAGAGAAGUGAGGAAGAGUCUAGAUCUCAACCUACAAUCUGCCACAGCUCCUUCCAGAGGCAAAACCCUCCCCACACCGCUGUCGGGUCAUGCUGAACUGCAUGGAAAUCCAGAUAUAAACAGCCAUGACGCAAUAAAGGAAGAUGAUGAUCCAGUCGUGCAGAUCAAAUCUGGAAGUGGUUUAACACACAGUGUAUCCAAAUGUUUGUCAGGUGUACGCACUGGACUUGUCAAGCCACAUUUCAGCUACAAAUCUUUCAAGAAAAGGAAAGUAGAGACCGUCCCCUUGGCGACUCAGGUAUCCCCAGCUACCCCUGUGCCCUCCCUACCAAGUUCAGCUGAAGCCUCCCAGGCAUCUGUUUUUCCUACUGUGAGGGAGACCAACACCUUUAAGUCCCGUGAAGACCAUGACCAGCUCUCUUCGCUCACAACAAACGGCACUGCCCGACGACUCAUCCCUUCUCAGCCCGGGAGGAAGAGAAAAGCUAAUUGUGGGGGAACUGACGAGAUGAUAAAGGUUUUGCAGUAUAACAACCCUCAAAGUGCAAGUGUCUUUCUACCACCACCAGAGGAUUCCCAGGACAGUUCAGAUGGCAUCCCUUCUGCACCCCGCAUGACGGGCAGUCUGGUGUCUGACCGCAGCCACGACGACAUCGUCACCCGGAUGAAAAACAUAGAGUGUAUAGAGCUGGGACGUCACAGACUGAAGCCCUGGUACUUCUCGCCGUACCCACAGGAACUCACCACAUUGCCCAUCCUCUACCUCUGUGAAUUCUGCCUCAAGUACCUCAAAAGCCUCAAGUGUCUCCAGAGGCAUUUGACAAAAUGUAAUCUGAGACAUCCUCCAGGCAACGAGAUCUACCGCAAAGGCACCAUCUCUUUCUUUGAGAUUGACGGCAGAAAAAACAAAACUUACUCCCAGAACCUGUGUUUACUUGCUAAGUGUUUCCUGGAUCACAAAACCUUGUAUUAUGACACAGACCCUUUCCUCUUCUAUGUAAUGACGGAGUAUGACUCCAAAGGCUUCCACAUAGUGGGCUACUUCUCUAAGGAAAAAGAGUCAACUGAAGAUUAUAAUGUUGCUUGCAUCCUGACCUUGCCUCCUUACCAGCGGAGAGGCUAUGGCAAACUGCUCAUUGAGUUCAGUUAUGAGCUUUCCAAGGUUGAAGGGAAGACGGGUACUCCUGAGAAGCCACUUUCUGAUCUCGGACUUUUGUCCUAUCGCUCCUACUGGUCUCAGACCAUCUUGGAAAUUCUCAUGGACCUUAAACCCGACAAUGGAGAGAGGCCGCAGAUUACCAUCAAUGAAAUCAGUGAGAUCACAAGUGUAAAGAAAGAAGAUGUCAUUUCAACACUUCAGUACCUCAACCUAAUCAACUAUUACAAGGGUCAGUAUAUCCUGACGCUUUCAGAGGAUAUUGUGGAUGGGCAUGAAAGAGCAAUGCAGAAGAGACACUUGCGCAUAGAUCCAAAAUGCCUUCACUUCACACCUAAGGACUGGAGCAAGAGGGGCAAGUGGUAGAGUCCCAGCCUGGUUCACGGAAUACCCUUCCCAACUGCCAGAUUGCAGACUUGAAGCAGGCAGUGGAUCAGAUCAAGGUUUUUGUCAGGCUGUCUCAUCCACAACCUUGAAAUCUUUUUUAAACCAGACCCAAACAACGAACAUAAACUGUCACUUGAGAAACGUAAGCGUACAUUGUGAAUAUUUAUUAUAUAUUGUGAAUAAAAACAUUCAAACCUGGGGACAAAAGAAAGACAGUGACACGGCCGGAAAAAAGCUUACAGAAAAAACACCUUCUACUGUGUAAAGAUCCAGUUUAUGACCGAAACAGUGUGUAAAAGUGGAAUAUGGUGUUGUUUGAUUGUAUAAAUUAAAGCCUAAAAUGGCAAAUGUACAGACCACCUCAUGAAAACGAGAUGGUGGUUUUAUAGAUAAUAAUUUGAGUUCUACAGUAAAUUUCUUGGACAGAAAUAUAAGGAGAUUUCCUUAAAUUCAGUAAGGACAGUUUUUUUCUGCUUUGGCCAACACAAACAUAAGUGUGUGAUUCUUUUACAAGAAGUAAGAGAAUUAAAAUCAGAAUUAAUAUAUCCCAGAAAGAUUUUUUGUAAACAUAGUCCAAAAGAUUUCCUCGUGACUUUAUCCAGAAAAUUCACUUUAGUUUUUCAUACAGCUUAUAUUUAAGAAACCUUGGAAAAUGUAGGAAAAUGUAUUAGACUUACAGCACUCACUAAACAAUAGGACAACUAAUGUCUGAACAACACUCCAAAAUUUAGUCUUUUUGUACAAAGUGUGCAGGCUUGAAAACCUCUCUCAGAUGCCUCUUCCUGGGUACAAAGGUUUGAAUAGUUUUGAAAACAAUACCUACUGAUGAACAGAAUGUGGUUACAUUUUCUCUUGACCUAUUAAUGAGUCAAUGUGAUAAGUAUUGUGAGUGUGUAAACAGGGAAAAGGUACAAGGAAUCAAAAAUUCAGUUCUGUUUUAUGAGUAAGACACCUGCCCAUUCAAAUUCCCAUCUCAACACACAGAUAGUAAUUUUCAGUUUAUGAGAUGCUCCUUGAGUUCCUGAAUUUUAAUGUCCCUCAGCUAACUGGGAGAACAGAAUUGUGCAAGUAGUUCCCUGCUGUAGGCUUCGGGUUAUUUUGUAGUGUGUCGACUAAUAAAUCAAAUAUGCCUCACUUGCCAGAACUAUUUGGAUGCAGACAAAAUUAAAAAAUUCAAAACUAGACAUCAAGACCUACAGUUGUAAUGUUUCUUAAAAACCAACAUGGUCAGUUCAAGUUUGUUAUCUUUUACAGUAGUAUCUCUGCUUUCCAUUUCCCUAUAUUUUAAAUAAUUGGAAGCAUUUAUACUCUCUGUUUGUGAUCAUUCAGGUGAAUAUUUCUUCCACUUUUCAGAUCAUCUCCUGUCAUGAUCAUCUGUAUACAGUGUGCAAUGAGACAAAUCAAUUCCCAAAGUUAAACAUAUGUUCCCUGUAACUGUACAUACUGAACCUGAUUGUAAAAAAAACAAAACAAAAAAACUUAGAAGACAGAAGCCAUGUUGAACUGUUAGAGGAAUGUAUAUUUUGUGUACAGUUGUCUUUCUUUUUUACUUAAUGUAAUCUAACAGGCCUCGCAAUAUUAACAGGAAAAGACCUUAAAGUGAUAUCUUACUUUCUGUUUGUGUUUCUAUGUUUACAUGUUACAAAGGAUGUUGAAUAUACCUGGUUGAAAUUAUUUAGUAUAUCUUUAUGUGAAACAUAGUUGAGAAUAUGAUUUGAAAAUUUGAUAUGAAAAGCUUGUUGAA